AUGGAGUGCCCAAAUUGUAAUAAGACGUUUAGUAGUAAGCAGAGGCUGCAAUACCACGUUAGUCGUGGCGUUUGCACAAAGGAGAAGAAAAGUACCAUUUGCGAGGACUGCGAUAAGGAGCUCAGCACUCUUCAAAAGCUGCUGUACCAUGUCAAGAAAGGCGUUUGCCAUAAGGAAAUUACCACGGAGUGCAAUGACUGCGGCAAGGUCCUUAGUACUCACCAACGUCUCCAAACACAUAAGAAGAUACACGAAAGACUUUACCAAAGAAUUACGAAGAGUUAUGACUUGGAAGGGGUAGAUUGCUACAAAUGCGAGGAUAUCAUGAGCCGCUGUGAACACAAGGAUAAAAACAUAGAGAAUCGCAUCCGUUAUCGAAGGAAGAUCCAUAAGACCUUCCCAUUCUUUGACGUUGCCGAAGGUGUUCCUUGGGGAAAUACGGAAUAUUGGAGGCAGGAAUGUGAUAAGUGCGGAUGCAUAAGGGAAGAGGAGCAUAUCCCCAACUGUCUUGGGAUUGGUAUGCUAAACGUUAAUCACAGUUCUGAGACCCAAUGUUAA